AUGAAUCGUGAGCCCGAUAUUAAACAGCAGUCGACCCAUCCCGGUGGAGAAGAAGUGCUGAUCGAACAAGGCGGCAAAGAAGCUACAGAGAAUUUCGAAGAUGUCGGUCACAGCUCUGAUGCGCGCGAAAUGAUGAAAAAAUACAAAAUCGGCGAACUAGUCGAAUCCGAACGUACGAAUGUGCCUCAGAAGAGCGAACCCUCAUGGAACGCGGAUCAGAAAACAGAAGACUCAUCGAUGCGUUCAUGGCUAGUGCCAUUGGUACUUGGCUUGGUGGCUACAAUUUUAUACAGAUAUUUCUUUAAAGUGUAAAUUUUACAAAAAAAAAAAAGUAAACAAAAAAGCGUGCAAACAACAAAUAUUUUUACGAUUAAUUUCCUUCGUCGUUGCGUUGUAAAGUUUAUUUAAGAAACCAUUCCCUUUAAUUAAUUAGUAAAAGGAAGUGUCUGCAUUUAUGCCUAGAGAUGCACAAAACCGUACCAAAACAGGAAGAAUAAUUUCAAAAUAUUUUGCAUACAAAUGAAAAGUGUAUAAUGGUUGCUGCUUGCUUAAUAGAUAAAUUUUACCAUAUGUAAUUUUUUAAAGAGAAAAAUGUAAAAAUUUAUUAUACAUAGUAUGUUUAUAUUCUAUUGAUGAGGAAAUUAUACAAAUAAAUAUGUAUAAGUACUUGGGUAUA